CGUUUUUCUCUUCAAUUUAUUUUUUUUUGGUGUCCUCUCUCUCGAUCGUGGUCGCGAUCUUCGAUUGUUUCGCGGUUGACCCCCCCCUGUACCAUGCGGUGAUCUUUUAAUAUCGCGCGAGGUCAACCCUGAAGAAGACUUAUCGGAAAGUUCGAAACGUUGUGUGCGAUUUUUUUUUCUUAAAAAAGUGUUUUUUUUUUGUGAAAGUGUUUAAAAGUGUUUGGAUUUAUUAAUUUAAUUGGGGAUUAAGUCAGUUAGCGCACUUAAUGCCGUCCUGAUACUCACUCAAAACAACCGAAAUUUACCUGAAAAAACACCCCAAAAUGGAGGAGGAGGAGGAAGAAACUUCCCUGGAACCCCUAAACCACCUCAGAAAAACUUCGUCCACCAUCACCCUCAUACAACAAGACGUAUCCAGGACCACCUCAACCUCAACCCUAGUAGCUGAAUUAACCACAGAACAAACCACUCAACACUUAGCAGUAGCAGAAACCUUUAGCACCGAACCAACCCCUCAAUGUCAAAUAGUAACUCAACAAGCCAGCGGUGACUCAGUCGAAUCCGAAACGGAAAGCGUGAGUUUCAGGGCGAGUCCUCGCUACUCACGACUCACCACUCCUCACUCGAGCUCUAGCCAAGAGGACUACGACUCUUUACCGGUCAAAGGGCAGUUUCUCACCGCCGGAAAUCGCACUGAAACCGCCCGAAGCAUGGAGAGUCUUAAGACGGUGACUUCAAAGAGUUUUUUGAGCACCUCAGAGAGGGACAUGAGGAGGGUGUUCUCUGAGAGUACGGAAGCGAAGAGUUUGGAGACGAUUGAUCGAGAAAUGGUUCUGAAAAGGCACGCGGUGAGUGGUGAGGGAUCGGCUCUGAGUCUUAGUACGUCAUCGGAGAUUAGUGCGGAAAAGAAGAGAGGGAUGUGGUCAGGAAAGAUGCGAGUACCGCAGCACUUGAGUCUUCCUCCUCCCGCUGGUUAUUUGAGUUUGAGUCCGGGCGAGAGGAGGCUGACGAUCCUGUCGCCUCACUCGCCUCACCGCACUCCCGAGUUUAUGAGUUUGUCGCAGCAAACCACGUUGAAAACCCGCAGGAAAAAGGCGACGAUUUUACCGCGUUUGGUUUUGCCCAGGAGUGAUUCUGAUAUCAGUGAGGCGUUUUCCGAGCAAGGAUUAGAGGAUUUAGGAGGACAUGGAUCGCUGGAAUCGAAAUUCGGACGUCGGUUUUUAAGUUUCGACGUUGAAAAUGGGGCUAGCCCAGGCCGUAGCCCCUUGGACGGCAGUGCCUCACCCUCCGCGGGGCUGGUUCUCCAAAAUUUGCCCCAAAGGAGGGAGAGUUUCCUGUAUCGGUCCGAUAGUGACUUUGAGAUGUCGCCGAAAUCGAUGUCUAGGAAUUCGUCGAUUGCUAGCGAAAGAUUCAAGGAGACUGAAAACAUUUUGGACAGAUCCCACGGAGAGGAUUUAAUAGUCACUCCCUUCGCACAAGUUCUUGCCAGUCUACGGAGCGUACGCAACAAUUUUCAAUGUCUCACCAACGUACCCUCGAACAAAUCUCGACGUUCUUCUGGAGCUGCCGCGGUCACCACGCCCCAACCACGCAAUCUAAAUCCAGGAGACGAAGCAUACAUGAAACUAGCCAUGGAAACCGUAGAAGAGCUGGACUGGUGCCUGGACCAGUUGGAAACCAUCCAGACCCAUCGUUCCGUUUCCGAUAUGGCUUCAUUAAAGUUCAAACGUAUGCUAAACAAGGAACUGUCUCACUUCUCGGAGUCGAGUCGUUCCGGCAACCAGAUUUCGGAGUACAUCUGCUCCACCUUCUUGGACAAACAGCAGGAAUUGGACAUACCGUCCGUGAUCCGGAUCGAUGAGGCCCAGGAGGCCCCCAAGGGGGGCACACCGAGGGUGGAACGUCCCCGUGCCCCAACCACCAUGUCCCAGAUAUCCGGGGUGAACCGGAAACUGUGCCACACCAACUCGUUUACCGGGGAACGUUUACCCACUUAUGGAGUGGACACUCCUUUUGAGGAGGAAUUAGGAAAAUGCUUGAUGAGCAUAGACAAAUGGGGCGUGGACAUGUUCAGGAUCGGCGAACUGAGCAACGGCAGACCGUUAACCUGCGUCGCCUACACAGUGUUCACCAGCAGAGAACUUUUGAAGAACAUGAUGAUCCCCCCGAAGACCUUCAUCACCUACAUGAUGACCGUGGAAGACCAUUACGUCAAAGAGAACCCAUUUCACAAUUCCCUGCAUGCAGCAGACGUAGCCCAAAGUACCCACGUGCUACUGAACACCCCCGCCCUCGAGUCGGUUUUCACCCCGUUGGAAAUAACUGCCGCCCUAUUUGCCGCCUGUGUACACGACGUUGACCAUCCAGGACUCACCAAUCAGUUUCUGAUCAACUCGAGCUCUGAAUUGGCCAUAAUGUAUAACGAUGAGAGCGUGUUGGAGAACCACCACUUGGCGGUGGCGUUUAAGCUGCUCUCGAACGAGGGUUGCGACAUUUUCUUGAACAUGUCGAAGAAACAGAGACAGACGCUGAGGAAGAUGGUGAUCGAUAUGGUGCUGAGCACCGACAUGUCCAAACAUAUGAGUUUGCUGGCAGACUUGAAGACCAUGGUGGAAACGAAGAAGGUGGCCGGUAGUGGUGUUUUGUUGCUGGAUAACUACACCGAUAGGAUUCAGGUGCUUGAGAAUUUGGUGCACUGUGCCGAUUUGAGUAAUCCUACCAAGCCACUGCCUUUAUAUAGACUGUGGGUGGAACGUCUAAUGGAAGAAUUCUUCCGUCAAGGUGACAAAGAACGCGAGGCGAACAUGGACAUAUCCCCGAUGUGCGACCGUCACUCGGCCACGAUCGAAAAGUCGCAGGUCGGCUUCAUCGAUUACAUCGUGCAUCCGUUGUGGGAAACGUGGGCGGAUCUGGUGCAUCCAGACGCCCAAGACAUCCUGGACACCCUGGAGGAGAACCGGGAUUGGUACCAGAGCGCCAUCCCGGCCAGUCCACCGGCCGAGGAGGAGCCCGGCGGUGAUUCCCAGCAACAACGUUCCGGGAUCCGUUUCCAGGUGACUCUGGAAGAAGGCGACGCCGAAUCGGAAACGGAAUCGGCCGGCCCGAUGUGACGGAAGUUGGCGGGCCUCUGCAGGAAGAUCACUGAAAAAGUGACACAGUGGUGGCGCACUAGACCAUAAUCACAAAUAAAACACAAAUGAAGAAAGAGGCGCAGGCGCUCUCACGAUGUUUUUAGUGUUUGUGGUGCGAGUGUGCCAUGACAAGCUGCUGCUGCUGCUGCUGCCGCCCCAUCUAGCGGUUUAACCAGUCGGGGUUUAUUUGCGCAGGCGCAACGAACCCUUCCUCCCCCCCCACCCACAUCUCUCGUGUAGCUGAUAGAAGAUAUUCAUCCUAAUUAAAAUGAAAAUUUACCAAAAAAAAAAAAAAGACAGGGCGAUAUGGACUUUUAUUAUGCGUUUGUUUGGAUGCCGCCCUGCAGCGUACUGUAGAAGAAUUGAAGACUUUUUUUGAAGAUGUAUCCUUAGCCCCCCUCCCCCUUUGAUUACCUAAAUUAACGUCUACUGACUGUGCAUCUGUAAAUAUGUCACGUGGAAUUUACUGGGACAUGUCUGUCAGUGUAAUACUCAGUUUGUUUCUCCCAACUACCCAUCCUUAAAAAAAAAACCUUUGUCCCCUCCUUCCCCCUUGUAUGUAUAGGUACUAUGUGUCUUGUCAGCUAUAUAAUAAAUACAAAAGUAAAGCUCUCUCCAUUUUAAGAUUU